AUGGGUUUGUCGCAAAACAAGUACUGCAGCAGGGGCAUUUGGCUUGCCUUCAAGGACCUCUGCCUCGCAGGGCCCCUGCCAGGCCCAACGACAUGCGUCUUAGUUCUGAUACUGGCAUCCCUCUUUCUUCUGCGAGUGUAUCGCCAAAGACAACGAACGACACGCAUACAAGGACCUCAGAGUCCAAGCUGGGUGUACGGCUUCGCCAAGACAGUGAUAGAUUCCACCGCUACCACUGAACUAUACGAACAUUGGGCUAACGAGUACGGACCGGUGUACAAGGUUCCGCACGUCUUGGGACAGUCCAGGGUCAUACUAUGGGACCCAAAAGCAAUCUCUCAUUUCUUUGCGAGAGACACAUGGUUCUAUAACCAAACUCCGUUCAAUAGGAUCUCAAUUCAGUUGAUAAUGGGAAGAGGAGUAAUGUGGGCCGAUGGUGAAAGUCACAAAAGGCAGCGCAAGACCAUCAACCCUGCCUUUAGCGCAGCUGCUGUUCGCAGCUUGACUUCUAUUUUCCACAAUGUCGCUCACAAGGUAGUGAUCGCUUGGGACGCUGAGAUAGGAUCAAACAGUGGAUCUGACUGUGCUGUGAUUGAUGUUCAACAAUGGAUGAAUAACAUCACACUCGACAGUGCAGGUAUAGGCAUUCUGUCCCAUGAUUUUGGCGCACUCGAUGGAAAUGACUCAGACGUCGCGCAAGUCCUGAAUGCGUUUAGUUCGGCUGCCUACGUUUCCCAUAAAUUGGUUAUGCUCGCACAAGGUUUUCCUUCCAUCUUGAAGCUACCAAUGCCUCGCAAACAGUUCGCCCAGAAGCUGAACCUGACCAUUGGUAAAAUAUGCCAGGAGAUGCUAUUGCAGACGCGCAAGGAAAAAGAGACUGGUGGCGCUGACCAGGGGGAUAAAUCAUGUUUGGGCCUUCUCUUGAAAGCGGAAGAAUCUGGUGAGGGUGCGGGACUGACUUCACAAGAGGCGCUAGCCCAGGCACGGGUUCUACUUCUCGGCGGGUUUGAGACCACGGCAGUCAGCAUUACAUGGGCUUUUAUAGAACUUGCGCGGAAUCCAGACAUCCAAACGAAGCUUCGUGACGAGUGUCUAGAGUUCGGGUCAACUCCCUCAUAUGACGACCUCACGAAUAAGCUUCCCUACUUAAACGCUAUAAUGAACGAAGUUCUUCGCCUCCACGCACCAGUUACAGAAAUCCCACGAUUGGCUACGCAAGAAGACGUGAUCCCGCUUAGCAAGCCCAUGCGCACGGCUGCUGGUAACUUUACCGACAAUGUAUGCAUUCCGAAGGGGACGGAGGUCUUGAUCCCGCUCGCUGCACUCAAUUGCUCAGUUAGUAUGUGGGGACCUGACGCAAAGGCGUUCAAACCUUCCCGCUGGCUCAAAGAGGACGAAGGCACACAUGAGACUAGAGAAACACUGCAUGACUAUCGUCAUCUGAUGACCUUCGGCAAUGGUGCGCGGAUGUGCCCGGGAAGGCUGUUUGCGUUGGCAGAGUUUAAGGCUGUGCUGUUUGUCCUUGUGCAAAACUUCGUGUUUGAGAUGGCAGAUGGCCCUGGGGUGAAAAUCGUGGAGAGUUUGGGGUUUUUACCAAGACCGAGUGUGGUUGGGAGUACUGAGGCUGGAUGUAGUGUGCCCCUCCGGGUGCGCCGCUAUGAGGUGUGA